ACCAACUGGUUUUCCCAGAUCUUUUUAUUGCUUGGAUGAUUUUUUCUUAUAUUGCUUUAACUUGAAAGUGUUCUUCCGAGGUCGUUGAUAUAUGGUUGAGAAAGGAAUAUGGCUGCACGUAUAGAUAUUUCAUCUCCAUUUCCAAUUGUAGAAGGUGGUUACACUAAGGGUAAUGUAUCAGACAUGGAGAAUGAGAAUUUGGAUAAUGAAAAACAAGUCACUCAUGGGAAACCUCCAUGCCACCUCUCGAUUAAGCAGUCAGGGAGGACGAUUGCUGAGGCUAAUUUGGAAUUGGACGUUGGUAUUGUAGUUCACAAGUCAUCUUCCAAUGAAAAAAGCAAGUUUUUGCCCCUCUUGCGAUCAGGGAGCUGCGCCGAAAUAGGGCCCAAACAGUAUAUGGAAGAUGAGCACAUUUGCAUAGAUGAUCUUCUUGGUCAUCUGGAGACAACUGCUAAGUUCCCUUCUCCAGGAGCUUUCUACGGGGUUUUUGAUGGUCAUGGAGGAACAGAUGCAGCAGUGUUUAUAAGGGAAAAUAUACUUAAAUUCAUAGUUGAAGAUGCGCACUUUCCGAUUUGUCUGGAGAAGGCAAUCAAGAGUGCUUUUCUGAAAGCUGAUUAUGCCUUUGCAGAUGCUAGUUCUCUUGAUAUAUCCUCCGGCACCACUGCGUUAACCGCUCUUAUUUUCGGAAGGACCUUGUUAAUUGCAAAUGCCGGGGAUUGUCGAGCUGUGCUGGGAAGGCAAGGUAGAGCAAUUGAAAUGUCCAAGGACCACAAACCUAAUUGCACGUCCGAAAGAAUAAGAAUUGAGAAACUUGGCGGAGUAAUUUAUGAUGGCUACCUGAAUGGCCAAUUAUCCGUCGCACGAGCACUUGGAGAUUGGCACAUGAAGGGGCCAAAAGGAUCUGCCUGUCCCUUAAGCUCAGAGCCGGAGCUGCAGGAGAUGGACUUGAGUGAGGCGGAUGAAUUCUUGAUAAUGGGCUGUGAUGGGUUGUGGGAUGUUAUGAGCAGCCAGUGUGCCGUGACCAUGGCGAGGAAAGAGCUGAUGCUUCACAACGAUCCCGAAAGAUGCUCAAGAGAGCUUGUGAGGGAGGCAUUGAAGCGGAAUACUUGUGAUAAUUUAACAGUGAUCGUGGUUUGUUUCUCUGUCGAUCCUCCCCCUCAAAUAGAAAUACCACAAACACUUGUUCGGAGCAUCAUAUCAUCGGAAGGGCUGAAUUUACUAAAGGGUGUGCUGGACUGUAACUGAUGACACGGGAUGGUCAAAAGAGAUUUGUACACGAACACAUCGGAGGGCAAAAUAGUCGUGGCAUUUUUUUCUAGUGAGUAGCUGCCCCCAUUCACCAUGGCUGAUAUUCAUCCUUCAUUCAGAGACAUCCUUGUCAUGUAGAAAAUGAUUCUUUUGGAGCUUUUCAAAUCCUGUACACCUGAGAUAUCUUAUUUUGUACCUCCGAUUUGCAGGAUACGUUAUUUCUUUCUUCUUCCAUCGUCUUCUUACUCCUGUGUAAAUAAACUGAAUCUUGACAGAUGUUUAGCACUCUUUCACUAAAUAAUUGAUAUCAUUGACCAU